AUGGAGGGCGCUACCAACAACCUCCCCAACAUCUCCAAGGACACUACCGUGGACAAAAACAUGGACAACAACAUGGACAACAACAUGGACAACAACAUGGACAACAACAUGGACAACAACAUGGACACUACCAUGGGCGACAGCGAAAUAAUCAGCAACAUCAUCGACGGUAUGGGCAAGGCAGAUUCUGAAUCUCGCCCUCCACUUUACGGCAUCGGCUUUACUGAGUGCGGCGCCGGAAAGUCGACCCUCAUCAACGCUAUGACAACCAACCUCGAGCCCAAAUCUCCCAACGUCACCAUCGACGGUAUGGGCAAGGUUGUUUCCGAUUCUCCUUCUCCUCUUUUCGGCGUCAGCCUUGCUGGCUGCGGUGUCGGAAAGUCUCAACUCAUCAACACCAUGACUACCAACCUCGAACCCAAGUCUCCCAACGUCACCGCUCCAACCUCGUCCCCUCCAUCAGAGAAGAAGACCUCUCCCAUCGCCAACAGCAUCAGCAAAACUUCCAAACCAAUCGGCAUCAUCAAGAAAACCAGAUCACUCACUCACACAAGCCCCAUCACCAAACCGACCACUAAAUCGGGCGCUCACUCCGCACCUACUGUCUCCAAUACUUCGCCAUUCAUGCGUCUUCCCGCAAACUUGCGCAAUAAGAUAUUACUCGAAGCUUUGGAGCCCGCUACCACCACCACUGCCAUUGCCACCACCGCUGCUUCAACCUCCAACACUUUCGCCGAUAACUCCACCAGCAGAAGCAGUAGCAAUAUUGCCACCAUAACCUCCCUGCUAUCUCUGAACAGACAAAUCCGCACAGAGAUCCAAACCCUGAUGAUUGCAAAAGCCAAGACCACCUCAAAGCACAAGGAUACUGGUGAGGAUCAUAUUGAGACAAAGGGUGAGAAUGAUGACAAGGCGAAGGCGGAAAAGGAGAUGGAAGAAAUGACCAAUAUGUUAAAGGGGAAUUUGGAUUUGCAUGCGGAGAUGGGAGGUGAUAAUACCGAGUUUGAGGGGUUGGUCGCUGAAGCUAUGAAGGGGUAAAUUUUGCAUCGCCGGUCCGAGGACGAGAGUUGAGGAACAUUGAGGUCGGACGGAGGACGGCCAAGAGAGGAAGGGAGCAAGAAUGAAGAAGGAAAAGG